GUUAGAGAGGGGGACUGCAGAGGCGCACGGUGCCAGAGCCAGGACCACUGGGAGCCUCUGCAAGCGCAACAACAGCCUACACGCCGAGAAGAAGUGCCUUUUCUUAUUAUUUCUAUUUCACUGAGAAGCAAGUGUGCAGGGGGGGAAGCAGGGCUAUGACACGCGAGUAGAGAGCCGUAGAGUUUGAGAGUGUUAACGCAGGCGGAUCCUUGUUUUAUUCCCCCAAGAUGAAUAAAGACUUGAAGAGCCUGCGACAGCUCGCCGUGCCGCUGCUCUUCCUCGCCCUGUGCGUCGCGGUGCAGCGAUCCGACUCUGCGGCUUGCCAUGGAUGUGUGGGAUCCAAAUGUGACUGCAGUGGAGUGAAAGGAAGCAAGGGUGAGCGGGGUUUCCCAGGUCUCACCGGACAGCCAGGAGUUCCAGGAUUCCCCGGACCUGAGGGACCCAUUGGACCCAGAGGAGAGAAGGGUAGCGAUGGACCUCAAGGACUUAUUGGCGCAAAAGGAAUAAGAGGGCCACCUGGAUUGCCAGGAUUUCCAGGAACGCCAGGACUUCCAGGUCUGCCUGGGCAGGAUGGACCUCCAGGGCCGAGAGGAGUGCCCGGAUGCAACGGAACAAAGGGUGAACGGGGUUUCCCAGGAACUUCAGGAAUUCCUGGACAGCCAGGACGACAGGGUCCACCUGGUCUGCCAGGACAAAAGGGUGACCCAGGCGAUGUGAUCUCCACCAAUCGUUUUGGAGAGGAUGGACCAGUGGGAUUACCCGGACCGCCAGGAGUUCCUGGACCUCCUGGACCACAAGGUUUGCAGGGUCCACUCGGCCCUCCAGGACCCAGAGGUCUUGAGGGUCGUCCAGGUCCUCCAGGUCUUCCUGGACCAAAGGGAAACAUGGGACUGAACUUCCAAGGACCCAAAGGAGAGAAGGGUGAACCAGGUCUGCCAGGACCUCCUGGUCCUCCCGGGCAAGUGGGAGAACAGAAGAGGCCACCUGAGACGGAGAUUCAGAGAGGAGACAAGGGUGAUCCAGGAAUCCCAGGCCCCCCAGGUGAUCCAGGCUACCCAGGACCUCCUGGUCCAUCUGGAGGACAGAAAGGAGAAAAGGGAGAACCAGGGGAAGCAGGCAAAAGAGGCAAACCAGGCAAAGAUGGCGACCCUGGAACUCCAGGCUUCCCUGGAAUCAAAGGAGACCCAGGCCUGCCAGGUCCUCCAGGCAGGGAUGGAGAGAGAGGCUUAAAAGGUGAUCGUGGAUACCCAGGCCCACCGGGAGUGGUGCUUGGCGGACAAGCAGGAAGUCAGGUCGGCCCUAAAGGUGAGCCCGGAUUCCCCGGAGCACCUGGAGUCAAAGGAGAUAGAGGGCCACAAGGUUUAACAGGACCUCCAGGAGCACCAGGACUUCCAGGUAUCGGUGGUGGUGGUCAGCCUGGAUCUCCAGGCUUCCCAGGAGAGAGGGGUCAGAAGGGAGACAUCGGCGCUCCAGGGCUGUCUUUGCCAGGUCCCCCUGGACGUUCAGGGUCUCCUGGUGCCCAGGGUCCACCAGGGCUUCCUGGACCUCCGGGCUUUUCCACGGCAGGACAAAACUGCGUCGCUGGAGAGCCCGGGCGUCCCGGUGUGCAGGGAGAGAGAGGUUACCCCGGAGAGGCAGGACAGAAAGGUGAGAAGGGAGACACCUGUGUGAACUGCUUUGGCGGUACCACUGGCAUCCCAGGACCCCCAGGACCAGCAGGACAGCCCGGAUUCCCCGGUUCUCCUGGUAGCCCAGGUAUCAAAGGAGACAGAGGAUACCCAGGAACACCUGGUAGCAUUGGACCACCUGGUUCCCCUGGUCCUCAAGGUGCUCCAGGAUUCGCAGGAGAGAAGGGAGACCCAGGCGAUGCCAUCACAGUCAGCGGUGUGAGGGGAGAUAAGGGUGACACUGGCUUCCCUGGACCACCCGGUCUGCCCGGUCUGGACGGUCGCCCCGGUCGUGACGGACAGCCUGGAGCCCCUGGACCCAAAGGAGCUCCUGGCUCUCUGCUGGUGAAAGGAGAACGUGGUAUCCCUGGUGAGCCAGGUCCCCAAGGUAUCCCAGGAGACAGAGGUCCUCCAGGAAGCCCUGGCUUUGGACCUCAGGGACCUCCAGGAGAGAAAGGUGUCCAGGGCGUCUCAGGAAGACCUGGCGGACCUGGUGCACCUGGUGCUAAAGGUGAACCAGGCCUCACAGUGUCCGAGAAAGGCUUACCAGGACCCAGAGGACUGGAUGGAGAGCCAGGACUGCCUGGAUCACCAGGUAACCCAGGUCAGCCCGGACAGAAUGGUUUCCCUGGUUUACCAGGAGCGAAGGGUGACCCUGGACUCCCAGGCAUUGGACUUCCAGGACCCCCAGGCGUUAAAGGUUUCCCAGGUAUCCCUGGCCAGCCAGGAUCUCCUGGAGGACCAGGAAGACCAGGAGUGGAUGGACUCCCCGGCCAGCCUGGAUUCCCUGGACCAAAGGGUGAGCCUGGCUUUGGCCUUCCUGGACCCCCAGGUUUGCCAGGAGUGCCUGGAUCUAAAGGUUUCCCUGGACCAAAGGGAGAUCCUGGUUUCCCUGGCAGCCCCGGUUCACCCGGACGAUCUGGAUUUGAUGGCGGACCGGGAGCUAAAGGUGAGCCCGGUAGCCCUGGUAUACCUGGAGCUCGUGGCCCACCUGGAUCUGCCACAACCGGCUCACUGGGGCAGCCAGGCCCCCCUGGACCUCCUGGACCAAUGGGACCACCAGGAUUCCCUGGAUCAAACGGAGAGAAGGGAGACCCUGGUCCUCCAGGUCUAGACAUCCCAGGUCUGCCAGGAGACAGAGGUAGCCCCGGUUUCCCAGGUUCCCCAGGACCAGCUGGAACCCCAGGACCUCCUGGAGGACCUGGACGGGAUGGCCUGCCUGGACUGCCAGGUUCGAAAGGAGACAUGGGUCCUAUGGGACCUCCAGGACCUUCUGGAGGGCCAGGAGGACCAGGAGGGCCUGGUGCUCCUGGACUUAAAGGUGAGCCUGGAUUCCCGGGUAGAGACGGAGGACCCGGCAGUCCUGGUGGUAAAGGAGAGAGAGGUGACCCUGGUGUCCAGGGACCCCCAGGAGCCAGCCUGCCAUCAGCGGCCACAAAGGGAGCCAAAGGAGAUCCUGGACUACCAGGUGCCCCAGGUCUUCCAGGUCAGAAAGGUAUCCCUGGUCUCAACGGUGACCCCGGACUGCCAGGAUCAGAUGGACGCCCUGGACUCCCCGGACCUUCAGGUCCUAAGGGAGAUCCUGGCAUCCCAGGAGGCCCAGGUGCUCCCGGAAGUCCAGGACCAAAGGGUGGCAUGGGAGAAAUGGGAUUUCCAGGACCGUCAGGGCAGAAGGGUCUGCCAGGUACGCCAGGUAGGCCAGGAUCCCCCGGACAGCCAGGAGGACCUGGUUUCCCUGGAGCUAAAGGUGAACCAGGCUCUGCUGGAAUUGGACCACCAGGACAGUCCGGACCCAAGGGUGAACCAGGCCAGCCAGGGUUCCCAGGAAGUCCAGGACUUAAAGGAAGUCCAGGAGCACCCGGUCUUCCAGGUUUACCAGGAGGACCAGGUUCCAAAGGCGACCCCGGACUCCCAGGAUUCCAAGGUCCUCCCGGCGUCCCUGGUCCCAAGGGUCUCGAUGGUGGGCCCGGUGCCCCAGGUCUCACUGGCGCGCCUGGUAGACCAGGAGAGUCUGGCCGACCAGGAGGACCAGGGUUGCCAGGAGAGAAGGGUCAGGCAGGUCGGGACGGGAUCCCAGGACCAGCUGGAGUCAAAGGAGAGCCAGGACUUCCUGGUUAUGGUGGUCCUGGUCCUUCUGGGCUUCCAGGGUUGCCGGGUGCAAAGGGAGACCCAGGUCUUCCCGGCCCAUCUGGCAGUCCCGGUUUCCCUGGCACUAAAGGAGAGGCUGGUUUCCCCGGUGCACCCGGCCCAGCAGGCAACACUGGCCCUCCUGGGCCUCCAGGACUGGCUCUUCAAGGCCCCAAAGGACUCCAAGGACCCCCUGGGCCACCUGGAAGAGCAGGUGCACCCGGACCAGAGGGUCCCCGUGGGCCUCCAGGAAGUGGCGGCAUUAAGGGAGAGAAAGGUAUUCCCGGAGCUCCUGGCCAGCCGGGCUUCCCCGGACAGAAGGGAGAGAGUGGCACUCCUGGAUUCCCGGGUCCCUCUGGUCUUCCCGGUAGUCCUGGUCUGAAGGGAGAUAUUGGUCUGCCUGGUGUUCCUGGAUUCCCUGGACCAAAGGGAGACUCAGGAAUUCCUGGCAGCAGCGGCCUUCCCGGAGACCCUGGAGAUAUCGGACCCGUUGGCCCCCCUGGUGACCCCGGUGUACCUGCAGCUCCCAUUGUGGUGAAGGGAGAGCGAGGACCCCCUGGUCCUCAAGGCCUGCCCGGUGGUCGGGGACUCCCUGGUCCUUCUGGGCGUGACGGAGUUCCAGGUCUGCCUGGUGAUCCUGGGGAUCCUGGUCCAGAGGGUCCUCCUGGCUUCAGCGGCCCACCCGGCAGGAAGGGAGACAACGGACCCGCUGGUCAGCCUGGUCAGCGUGGCUACCCUGGUCCCCCUGGUUCAGAUGGUCCACAGGGUCUUCCCGGUCCCCCGGGCUCAGUCUCUGCAGCCCACGGCUUCCUCAUCACUCGCCACAGCCAAGGUCAGGACGUGCCCUUCUGUCCCGACGGAACUAACCUCAUCUACGACGGUUACUCCCUGCUGUACGUGCAGGGCAACGAGAGGGCGCACGGCCAGGACCUUGGCACGGCCGGCAGCUGUCUGCGCAGGUUCAGCACCAUGCCCUUCAUGUUCUGCAACAUCAACAACGUCUGCAACUUUGCCUCCCGCAACGACUACUCCUACUGGCUGUCCACGCCGGAGCCCAUGCCCAUGUCCAUGGCCCCCAUCACUGGAGAGGGCAUCAAGCCGUACAUCAGCAGGUGUGCAGUGUGUGAAGCUCCAGCCAUGGUGAUCGCAGUCCACAGUCAGACCAUCCAGAUUCCCACUUGCCCUUUGAAUUGGGAAGCUCUGUGGAUAGGAUACUCCUUCAUGAUGCACACCAGUGCAGGUGCAGAGGGCUCCGGUCAGGCCCUGGCCUCCCCCGGCUCCUGCCUGGAGGAGUUCCGCAGCGCGCCCUUCAUAGAGUGCCACGGCAGAGGGACGUGCAACUACUACGGCAACUCGUACAGCUUCUGGCUGGCCACUGUGGAACCCUCUGAGAUGUUCAGGAAGCCCCAGUCAGAGACUCUCAAGGCGGGUAACCUACGGACACGCGUCAGCCGUUGCGUGGUCUGCAUGAAGAGGACGUAACGGCAACGAGCAAACCCACUGUUGCCGGGGACGCAUAAAUCAGUACCGAGAUGAUUGGAUGAUGGGAGACAAGUAAGGGGUGGGGGCGGUGGUCACAGCGACGGAUAGGCCGUCGCCUGACGACAAGGUGGAAUUCCAAUGGUGCAUUGUCUUCCGGAAAACAAACUUACAACUUAAACAAUGGUGCUACUGUGCAACACAGCUUAAAAAAAAAAAAAGAAAAAGAAAAGAAAAAAACUGACGUAAAUAAAUCUUACAUUUAUUCUUUGUUUCUCUUAAGAA